GUGGCGGUGGCGCAGCAUGGCGGCGGCGGUGGAGUCUCCGCCCUCGGGGGGCACCGGGGCCGUACGGCUGCCGCGGUCGCCACCACUCAAGGUGCUGGCAGGGCAGCUGCGGCGCCACGCGGAAGGAGGCCCGGGCGCGUGGCGGCUGUCGCGGGCGGCGGUGGGCCGAGCGCCGCUGGAGUUGGCGGUCGUGUGGAUGCAGGGCACCGUGCUGGUGGUGGGAGGCGGCCAGGCGCGGCUGCGCGACCCGAGCGGGGCCUUCUCCGUGCGCGGCCUGGAGCGCGUACCGCGAGGCCGGCCUUGCCUGAUUCCAGGAAAGUAUGUGAUGGUGAUGGGUGUGGUUCAGGCCUGUAGUCCUGAGCCCUGCCUGCAGGCUGUGAAGAUGACGGAUCUUUCUGACAAUCCUAUCCACGAAAGCAUGUGGGAGCUGGAGGUGGAAGACUUACACAGGAACAUCCCUUAGAGCGGAGACCCUCUAGACAUAAGAACAGCUUUCCCUGGAGUGCUUUACACCAUGUGGGUCUUGGGGGCAUCGCAAAGGUUUGACGACGAGAUUUGCUUUGGUGGAGCCAGACGUCUGGACCCUCGGAGCUGGAGCAUCCGUUAACUCAGCCUUCCCUCUGCCCAGGGCUUUGGCCACUUGCGGAUGAGAAGCAGAUCUCCGGCCUUUUCCCUUUCUGUCAUUUACGUGUGUUUGUUUCUCUCGCUCUGAGGCAUAUGGAAAUCUCAUGUCGGCCGUCUCUGGUUUGGCGAGGGGUAAUGCUUGCUUCUUUAAGACGCAAACCUUGGGUUUCAGUUACUGACAGUGGGAUUAAAAUGCAUUUGUGGACACGAGGAGACUGUGGCCUGUCUCCCCGUCUCCAGCUGUCGGGUGCCAGCCACCGCUCUGUGCAGACGGGCUCUCUGCUUCAGCACAGCACCACCCUGUGCAGAUGGGCUCUCUGCUUCAGCACAGCACCACCCUGUGCAGACGGGCUCUCUGCUUCUGCGUGCUCAUUCCUCAUUGUCCAUCUUCCUUAGAUUCAGAAGGUGAGACCGGCUGUUAGAAUGGUGGGAGUAGUCUCAGAAUUCUUUGUUGAAAUUAAAAAUUCAAGGAUGGAAACGGACUUUUCAAGUACUUCUGCUUCAAAACUUUUGUGGAGAGACAACCAGGGAGUGAGUCCUGACCUUUCUGCGUGAAAUACCUUUUUGUUGGGAUUAUACCACUGUUGGGCUUUGGCGUUGCUGUUGCCAGACUAGAUUCCUGUUUGGAUGGGAGAGACCAAGGGAGCCCGUACUAUGUUCUCACACUGCUGAGCACUUUGCCCAAAUGACCGA